GACCACUAAGCCAAACUACCCACUUGAGCAUGGUUUCACACUUCACACAUACUUAUUUAAAAACAAAAUUAGAACCCACCACUAUGUAGAUCUGGUCUUAUGAUUUCUCAAAUACUCUUAACAACAACCUGCAGCAGCGUUUGUUUGUUUGCAAUCUGCAAAAGAGUUCAACUAUUUCUUUCCAGCUAAAUGUAGGUAAGCUCUUAGAAACUCUUCAUUAACUCUUUCUUUCCCUGUUCUCUAUACUGUUGUUUAUUUUUAUCUAUAAAACCAAUUACAUAGGGAUGGCUUAUAUUGCUGUGAUUUCUCUCGUACAAACUCUGGAGCAACUUUUACAACUAAAUCCACCAUGGAUAAGUGAUGAAACAAGAAUAAUAGUGGGACUCUCUCCUUUCUAGUCUUGAAUAUUUUCAAGACUUUCUUAAGAAGAGAAGUCAGCACUCUGAAAAGGAUGAAGAGUUGGAGAGAGAGAUUAAAAGUGUAGUGAAUGAAGUAGAAGAUGUGAUUGAACUAAAGAUAAAUAAAACAAUGAAAAGAGAGGCAUCUUCUUUGAGAGCAUUUGUAGGAAAGAUGAGGGAGGUGAUGGGAUGUCAGUUUGGUGAAAAUAAAAUCCUUAAUGAAACAAUGGAAAGAAAGGCAUUAUGCAAAAACUUGUCUCCACAUGUAGAAAAAAUAGAUGCUCUGAAGAGGAAUGUGAUGCAUAGUAGUUUUGGUACAAGUGAAGUUCAAGGCUAUGGUGCGGAUUUUCAAACAGGUGCUUCCUUUCCUGGUCAUUCAUCUACAUAUGUUGCAAAACUCAAUCCAGAAAAUAUUGUCGUCGAUCUUGAAGGUGACCUCAUGAGAAUCAAGAGAAGAUUAAUAGGGGGCCCGUCUGAUCGCGAUAUUAUCCCCAUUUUAGGAAUGGGGGGGAUAGGAAAAACCACCCUUGCCAAAAUGGCAUUUGAUGAUCCAGAAAUCAGGCAUCGCUUUGACAUCCAUGUUUGGGUCACGGUAUCCCAAGAAUACCAAAUUAGAGACUUGUUGUUAGGCGUUCUUUCUAGUCCUACAAAUGAUAUCAAAGAAGUGUCUCAUAAUCAGUUGAUGGAUAUGAUAUACAAAAAGUUUAAGGGUCGGAGGUAUCUUGUUGUAAUGGAUGAUAUUUGGAGUAAUGAUGUCUGGGAUCUUAUGACAAGAACUUUUCCAGACGACAACAAUGGGAGUCGAAUUAUUUUGACUAGUCGGCUUAAAGAUCUGGCUAUUCAUGCUGACCCUGACAGCAUUCCUCAUGAGAUAAGCCUCUUGAAUUCAGAUGAACGUUGGAAGUUACUUCAUGAAAAGGUGUUUGGGGUAGAACAGGUUUGUCCUCCUGAAUUAGAGGAUCUCGGGAGGCAAGUAGCACAAAAAUGCCAAGGACUACCUUUAGCUAUUCUAGUGGUUGCAGGGCAUCUCUCUAAAAUUGCUAGAACACGAGAAAGUUGGGAACGUGUUGCCAAAAGUGUAAGUAAAGUUGUUGCUCAUGAAUCAGAUAUAUGUCUAGGAGUGCUUGCUCUGAGUUACAAUUACUUACCUAAUCAUCUUAAACCAUGUUUCCUUUAUAUGGGAGUUUUCCCAGAAGAUAGUGAGGUUAACAUUGAGACAUUGAUCAACUUAUGGGUUUCUGAGGGUUUUCUAUUGGCAGAAUUUGUGGGAAAAGAUUGUUUGGAGGAUCUUGUUAGUAGGAAUCUGAUAAUGGUUAGAAAGCAGAGAUUUGAUGGCGAGGGGAAAACAUGUGGCGUCCAUGAUCUGAUUCGUGACUUGAUUUUAAGAGAAGCUAAGAAGGAGAAGUUCCUACAGGUUAAUAGAAUUCAAGAAGCCACCAAGUCUUGGGCAAAGAAGGUUCAUGUUUGUCGCUACAGCUUCCAUUCGUACAUAUAUCAGGACGAUCGCUGGCAGUCAUCAUCCAGUGUUCUCACCCGAAAUGUGCACUUCUUCCAUGGAUUAGAAACACCUUCUAAACAAGUUCUUCUUUUGACACGCUUCAAACAGCUAAGAGUGUUGGCUAUCCUUGGUGAUACGUUUCAAACUUUCCCACUAGAGAUAACAAAAUUAGUACAACUCAGAUACCUUCAAUUCACUUGUCAUGAUGAUAUUCACUGGUCAGUGUCGGAGCUUUAUAAUCUGCAGACGUUCAUUCUUGGUCACCUAGUUGAAGGUUUAUCACCUCCAACUCUACCUGUGGGAAUUUGGCGAAUGAAAAAUUUAAGACAUCUUCAUAUCAGUGACUUCUUUUCUUUUCCUAUUCCAUCAAAUAAGCUACCAUAUCUGGAGGGACUUUCGUGCCUAGCUUUGUCCAGCUGUACUUGUGAAUUAUUUUCUGCUAUUCCAAAUCUUAAGAAGCUGAAAAUUAUUGGAAAUUAUCCGAUGGAAAUGAUGGGAGAGCGCCUAAGUAGCCUUUCCUGUUUAAAAGAACUUGAAAUGUUGAAGUUCAAGGGCGGGGUACAACUUCCCCGAAUCCCAAGUAAGUAUACUUUGCCUACAUCUCUGAAGAGGUUGACAUUAAGUUAUACUAAUUUACCAUGGGAAGACAUGGCAAAUAUUGUAAUGUUGCCAAACCUCCAAGUGCUUAAAAUUAAACACAAUGGAUUUGAUGGAGAUGUAUGGAGAUUAAAUGAUGAAGAGACUUUCAAUCAACUGAAGUUCCUAUUAAUCAGUUGGACAGAUCUGAAGCAGUGGGAAGCUGGUAGUGUUAACUUCCCAAAGCUGCAACGCCUAUUGCUCGAAAGAUGCAUGAACUUGGAGGAAAUCCCUCAAGACUUUGGCGAAAUAUGUACGUUGGCGUCAAUAGAGUUGCACGGUUGCAGUAUAUCUGCUGCAAAAUCCCCCAACGUAAUUCAAGAAGAGCAAGAGAGCAUGGGGAAUGAUUGCCUCAAUGUCAUUAUCUAUAAUCAUCGUAGGGGAUUAAGAAUAUGUGGUGGCCUUUGAUGACUCUCAAGCAGUGGGAAAAUCAUCCUUUAAAAUGACUAAAGGAGCUAAUGUUGCCUAGUUAUCGCGUUUUUAUUUUUGUGAUCUGCUUGCAAGCUAAACAUUAAAGACUGGAUGGAUGGUUUGCCUUAAUGGUCUAUUUCAUAAUGUUAUCUUCCUCAAUUUGAGUGCAUAUUAGAUGCUUCUGCACUCUUUUCUGCAGUCUUGAAGAGUUCCAUUGUCCUUUCUUGAAGAGAUCCAUAUGUCAUACAACAAUAGUCUGAUUUAUUCAUUAAGCUGAAAAUUCUCAUCCAUUUACUUGGACAAAGAAUCAUAUUACUAACAAAAGAAAAAGUUUGAAGUUUCCUCUUUAGGUAAAUAUGGAUAAGAUAUAAUUGUAUACCUGAAAAGUUGGUAAUGGUGAUGGGGUCGAUUAUCGCGGCCGUGUUAAGUUGGAGCACUGGGAAGCUGGCAGUGUUGCUUGGAGGAAAUCCCUAAAGACAUUGGGGAAAUUUGUGCCUUGGAGUCAGCAGAGUUGCUUCAUUACUCAAUUUCUGCUGCAAAAUCUGUCAAAGAAAUUCAAGAAGAGCAAGAGAGCAUGGGGUGUAUUUUACACUAUUAGCUUCCUCAAUUUGAGUUCAUAUUAGAUGCUUCCAUAUAUGCUAUGUGUUAGUAGUCUUGUGGUGCAGCGGAUGGGGUUGCUCUUCCCUUAACCAGAGGUCUCGGGUUCGAGCAGGUACCAUACACCGGGUGGGAAACAACAAAAAAGAGUUACAAUGUCCUUUGUUGAAGAGUCCAUGUAAUAUUAGUCUUGUUAUUUAUUCUGUAAGCUUUAAUUUAACAUUUCUGAACUAACAAAACUUUAUUGUUUCCCAAGUUAGGACGGAUUUUCCAUACAAAGUCAUUAUGUUCCUACCUCUCUGUAUAACCAAAAAAGUACAUCAAUCUGCAAUAUUCCACUGUUUUAGAAAA